ACUUGUGCGCCUCUCUCUGAAGGUGGGGGCCGGCCGCCGCAGACAUCAGCAGGCGGGGAGGGAGCGACGCUUUCCGCCGCCAGCCCCGGAGCAGAGCAAGGGGGGACGCCGAGCUGAGCCGAGCCGAGCCGAACCGAGGAGAACCAGGAGAGGAGGCACACGGACCCAAGCAGCCCCCCGCCGCACCUCACACAGGAAUGUUGAAAGCACCUGCAGGUGGACGGACGUGGACACGUGGCGCAGGACCCCAGGACGCUUCCCCUCUGCCGGCGACGCCAUCCACAUUUGGCGACCAGAUCCGCGGCGCCGCUCGGGUGUCAUCUCUGGACUGAACAACAACAGGCUCCGCCUCCUCCGCUCACAUAGCGUUGCCGCCUCCUCCGCUCACAUAGCGUUGCCUCCUCUGCUCAGGGAGUGCCGAGUGCCUGAGUCAACACACUGCAUUCUGGGAUCGAGUUUGGAACCCUCUCAAUGGGCCGCACCACCCGCUGACCAGCCAGGGGGGUUGUUGGAGGAGCGUGUGUUGAAUGAGGCUGGGUUGUGUUGGAGGACGUGUUGCACGCUGACUAUCAACGUCCUCAGCAGUGUGUGCGAGUGCGAGGAGGAGAGUUGCUGCUAUUCUUGGCUGGCCGGGGAUGUCUUGGCAGCCUGGCGUAUGGGAAAGGUGCUCUUGGCAAGUCUUAACCCAAGCUCUCCAUGAUGCAUGAUCGUGCAGCGUGAGGGGACGCUCGCAGGGCGAUGAUUCCGCAUGAAGCCCGACGCACUCGGCCCCCCGUCGUCCUCGGCGGAUGCAGCAGGUGUGACGUCGUGACGCUCUCGCCUAACGCCCUCAGCACACCCUCCGGUUGCUAGAGUCCCCUGGACGCAACAGGCCAUCCCACUUCUCCUCCUCCACACCUUUUCCAUCUUGAAUCCCGCCUCACCUGCUCGCGAGGACCCGCAUGCUUCCAUAGGAGAACGCUAAGAACGACGAAAACAGCACACAGAGAAGGAGAGAGGAAAGUCUGAAGAAGGUGAGAAAGAAAAGGCAAUAAAAGGAUUAAGUAAGUACUCCAGAGGGGUCAGGAUGAAGUCCAACCAGGAACGCAGUAAUGAAUGUCUGCCCCCAAAGAAGAGGGAGCUCCCCUCGGAAAACCGCUCCCCGACUGUACCGCCCGCCCCAGACCCCCAGCGCCCCGACAACGUGGCCUGGCUUGUGGCCGGCGGCAACGGGAGCACUGAGAGCGCCCCUCGCAGCUCCGCACAAUCAGAUAACUCCCAGUAUAAAUCCCUCUCCUCCGCAUCAGAUUCCUCCUCCAUGACGCUGGUCUCAUCACUUCCGACGGUGUACACAUCCCCCCUGUCCCAGACCAACGUUGGAGGAAUGGUCCACUACGCCCAGCUGCCUCCCAACCUUCAGUUCAUCACCUCGCCUUACAGCGCACCCUACGCCAGCUACAUUGCACCCCAGCUUCUUCCGCCUCCGCCUCCGCCUCCCCCUCUCUCCUCCUCCUCUUACAGAAGCACAUCCCACACAGAGACUGCUUCCGCUCCCUCCCACGCCUCCAAAUAUGACCACCAGCGGGUAUCCAUCCGGCACACCUCCACCAUGCCUCCACCGCCCACGGACGCCACCCCGCACCGCGCCUCUCCUCGAACCCUGCGCUCUCCUCAGUCCCUGCACGUCCAUCACACGGCAGCAUCCCAGUACCCGGACGGAGGAACCACCAGGAAAGAGGAAGGGGGCUCCAGGGAGCUUCACAAUGGGGGGUUGGAGCGGAGCCGGCGGUUUGAGGCCCGACUCUCAAAACCAAUCAAAUCACGUGACGCCUACGAGUCCUGCCAGCUGGUUCUCCCGUCAGACUAUUCUCACGACCCUUUGGCUUUGAGGACCUCCGUCAUGCUCAUGCCCAACAGCCAUGGGGACCACCAGCCGGUACCAGCCCGAAGCAGUCCUGAGAAGACGUCAGCCCACCUGGAGAAAGGCAGCAUUCUCCUGGGGAAGCCAAUCCAUCGCACCUCUCUGUCGUCCACCCCUUCGUUUACCUUUCCACCCCCCUUAAGUGUAGACAAUCUAAAAGCCGCUGUUGGCCCACUAUCGCCGCAGACUGUUAUACAGACCACCCACAACUCGACAGUGGACUCAAUGGGGCUCCCUUCCACCGGUGUGUACCCCCAGUCCCCAGUGAUUGGCUACAUAGCGGGGGCCAGCAGCAGCCAGCAUACGCCAAUCAGCUACCACACCAGCCUACAACAACACGUACUCAUCACUGGUGCCCAGCCGGUCAUCAUCCCAGUGAGCGGAAGUGGAGUGGCCGCGCUAGAGCCCACCACGUCCCAGGUGGUGACAUCAUCCACCCAGGCCCCAUUUCCCGCAGCACUCCCUCACACCUACAUUGCCGCCACGAGAGGGGAAGCUCAAGACAAUCCCGGUGUCUCGUAUCACCAUGUCUCCUCGGGCGGGGUGGUCCAAGCCCAGCUGCACCUCCCCGUCGUCCCAUCGACAGCGCCCCCGCCACAGUCCAGCACAGCGGCUCCCCCGUCAUCACUCCCGCCGUAUUUUGUCAAGGGCUCCAUCAUCCAGCUGGCGGAUGGCGAGCUAAAGCGCGUGGAGGAGUUGAAGACGGAGGACUUCAUCCAGAGUGCCGAGAUCAGCCGUGAGCUGAAAAUCGACUCGUCCACGGUGGAGCGCAUCGAGGGCAGCCACGCUUCGCCUGACUUGGCAGUGGUUCAGUUCUCUGUGGGCGAGCACCGUGCACAGGUGAGUGUGGAGGUUUUGGUGGAGUACCCCUUCUUCGUCUUUGGCCAGGGAUGGUCUUCCUGCUGCCCAGAACGGACCACCAAACUUUUGGAACUGCCUUGCACCAAGCUUUCCGUAGGCGAUGUUUGUAUUUCACUCACUCUAAAGAACUUGAGGAACGGAUCUCUGACCAGGACUCAUCCCCCAGAGCUGGCGCCCUCUAUGUCAGCCCCAGCCUCCAGCCGUGGGCACCCCAGAGCCCCAAAGCCUCUCUCAAAUGCUCCCCAGAGGUGCAGUGGAGGUGGGUCCAGGCACGGGGAGCGGGAGAAUGGCGUUGGUCAACGGGGGAGAGACGGCAGCGGGAACGGGGGUAGCAGCGGGGGCGCCGCCGUUGUGCAAAACGGCAAUCUCGCAUUUGGGGAAAGAGGAUCCAGGUUGAUUUCGAAAGACGAGCUUGCAGAACCCGGGAAGUGCGGGAUGUCAUCAGGGGGCAGGAAGCGAAGGUGGUCGGCCCCCGAGGGUCGGAAAGUUGAAAAAUCAGACGAGCCGCCCUUGACCUUGGCCAAACCUUUUAUCCCUCAUGAGGUGAAGGUCACCAUUGAGGGAAGGUCGAAUAUUGGCAAGUGAAGUCUUGCAGGAUGUGGAAAGUGGAAAACAACAUGAAUGCCCACUUUCAUGUUUCUUCAUUUGUUUUUUUUGUUUGUUUUGUUUUGACCUUGAAUUGUGUGCCGUAGAGACAAACACCCUCUACUUGGUACCACUUGAUACGUCAUCUUAUGGAUCACACAAACAAUCUGUGCUUUUUUUUUUUUUUGUCUAAAGGGUUUUCACACGAUCUGGUGAAGAAUGGGCAAAGCGCGCUAGCUUAGUGUGGCGCACGUGAACCCGUUGGCUCGUAGCGGAAGGCGUUUACGGUGGGUGUACCACGCAGGUGAGAGAGGGAACACUUCUUCUUCAUUAGCUUUGCAUUUUAGCAUCCUGCUUGAUACGCUUAUUAAAACGCCCUCCUCGCCCAUUUUUAAAUGAUUGUCAGAAGAAAUAUGAAUCAGGGGUCAUAAAGUUGAACCGUGACAGGUCAAAGUUCAUUUUAUAUAUAAGCCCGAACCGGACUUUGUACAAACACACUGGCGUGGUGAACUUUAAAGGAAAUAUUAAGCGGGAUCGUUCCUCCCCGUAUUUGGUGAUAAAUUUUCCGUUCUAUUUUUGUAACUCGAGAGGUCGUUCCGAGCGCCGUGGGUUCCGUCGCUGAGUUGUUUCUAACGCAGUACUGUAUGUGUGUCCGUGUUUCUAAGACGGGGGGGAGUAACAAGUAGCAGCAGCAGCACUUUGGAAGAGCGAAGUGGUGGCCGAAGGGGUGGGUGGGUGGGCUUCGAUUUUUUUUUUUUUUUUUUUUUACGGUGCCGUGGAUGUGCCUCAAAAGAAAUUUGACGAAGAGCUCGCGCCACAUGAGUUUUGAAGGGUGUCUUGUCUUUUUGUGUGCUAGAUUGUGCAAGACACAGGCCUAUGUCUGUCCACACACACACACACACACACACACACACACACACACACACA